AGUGUCCCAAGGACAAGAGCCCAGGGCUCCAGACUGCCAUCAAGAUGGUGGGUGAAGGCCCCUACCUAAUCUCAGAUCUGGACCGGCGAGGUCAGCGGAGAUCCUUUGUGGAGAGAUAUGACCCCAGCUUAAAGACCAUGAUCCCAGUGCGACCCUACGCUAGGCUGGCACCCAACCCCGUGGAUGAUGCAGGGCUGCUCUCCUUUGCCACAUAUUCCUGGCUCACACCUGUGAUGAUUAGAAGCUACAGGCACACAUUGACUGUGGACACCCUGCCGCCAUUGUCACCGUAUGACUCAUCUGACACCAAUGCCAAAAGAUUUCGCAUCCUUUGGGAUGAGGAGAUAGAAAGGGCGGGUCCUGAGAAGGCCUCUCUGGGCCGAGUGGCCUGGAGAUUCCAGAGGACGCGUGUUCUGAUGGAUGUCGUGGCCAACGUCCUGUGCAUAGUCAUGGCAGCUAUAGGGCCAACAGUUCUCAUUCACCACAUCCUCAAGCACACCGAGAGUACCUCUGGGGAAGUCUUGGUUGGCAUCGGCCUGUGCCUAGCCCUUUUUGCCACUGAGUUUACCAAAGUCCUCUUUUGGGCUCUUGCCUGGGCCAUAAAUUACCGCACAGCGAUCCGGUUGAAGGUGGCGCUCUCCACCCUGGUUUUCGAAAACCUGGUGUCCUUCAAGACCUUGACACAUGUUUCUGCUGGUGAGGUGCUCAAUGUACUAUCAAGUGACAGCUAUUCCUUGUUUGAAGCUGCUUUGUUUUGUCCCUUGCCAGCCACCAUCCCAAUCCUAAUGGUCGUUUGUGCAGUGUACGCCUUUUUCAUUCUGGGGUCCACAGCUUUCAUUGGGAUAUCCGUGUAUGUCAUAUUCAUCCCGAUCCAGAUGUUUAUGGCAAAGCUCAAUUCAGCUUUCCGAAGAUCAGCAGUUUCCAUGACAGACAAGCGAGUUCAGACAACAAAUGAGUUUCUGACCUGCAUCAAACUGAUUAAAAUGUAUGCCUGGGAGAAAUCUUUCACAAACACCAUUCAAGAUAUAAGAAAGAGGGAAAGAAAAAUACUGGAGAAAGCUGGAUAUGUCCAAAGUGGGAACUCAGCCCUGGCCCCCAUUGUGUCCACCAUAGCCAUCGUGUCGACCUUCACCUGUCACAUCCUCCUGAAACGCAAGCUCACCGCCCCAGUGGCAUUUAGUGUCAUUGCCAUGUUUAAUGUAAUGAAGUUUUCAAUUGCAAUCUUGCCUUUCUCGGUCAAAGCAGUGGCUGAAGCCAGAGUCUCUCUAAGGAGAAUGAAGAAAAUUCUCAUAGCUAAAAAACCCCCAUCUUACAUCACCCAACCAGAAGACCCAGAUACUAUGUUGCUUUUGGCAAAUGCUACUUUGACAUGGGAGCAAGGAGCCUACAGGAAAAGUGACCCAAAGAAAGUGCAGAACCAGAAAAGGCACUUUUUCAAGAAACAGAAGCUGGACAUACACAGUGGGCAUUGUCCAUCAGCCCAGGGAUCUACCCCAGAGGAGCAAAGUGGCAGCCCCAAAUCAGUUCUGCACAAUAUAAACUUUGCCGUGAGAAAGGGGAAGGUCCUGGGAAUAUGUGGGAACGUUGGAAGUGGAAAGAGCUCCCUCAUCGCAGCUCUGCUAGGACAGAUGCAGUUGCAGAAAGGGAUUGUGGCAGUCAAAGGACCUUUGGCCUAUGUUUCACAGCAAGCAUGGAUCUUUCAUGGAAACGUGAGAGAAAACAUAUUAUUUGGAGAAAAGUACAAUCACCAAAGGUAUCAGCACACUGUCCGUGUCUGUGGUCUUCAGAAGGACCUGAGUAGCCUUCCUUAUGGAGACCUGACUGAGAUUGGGGAGCGGGGUCUCAACCUUUCUGGGGGACAGAGGCAGAGGAUCAGCCUGGCCCGCGCUGUCUACUCCAACCGUCAGCUCUACCUGUUGGAUGACCCCCUGUCAGCCGUGGAUGCCCAUGUGGGGAAGCAUGUCUUUGAAGAAUGCAUUAAGAAGACACUCAGGGGGAAGACUGUUGUCCUCGUGACCCACCAGCUGCAGUUCUUGGAGUACUGUGAUGAAGUGAUUUUGUUAGAAGAUGGAGAGAUUUGUGAAAAGGGGACCCACAAGGAGUUAAUGGAGGAGAGAGGACGUUAUGCAAAGCUGAUUUAUAAUCUCCGAGGGUUGCAGUUCAAGGACCCUGAGCACAUUUACAAUGCAGCCAUGGUGGAAGCCCUGAAGGAGAGCUCUGCUGAGAGAGAUGAAGAGGCUGUUUUGGCUCCAGGAGCUCCAGGAGUUGAAGGAAAAGAAUCUGAAGCAGUUUCAGAACUUGGAGACAUGAAAGCUCCUGUGCACCAGCUUGUCCAGUCUGAAUCCCCCCGGAAAGGAAUUGUGACCUGGAGAACAUAUCACACGUACAUUAAGGCUUCUGGAGGCUACCUUCUGUCCCUCUUCAUAGUGUCCCUCUUCCUCCUCAUGAUGGGCAGCUCCGCCUUCAGCACCUGGUGGCUGGGUCUUUGGCUAGACAAGGGCUCACAGAUGAUCUGUGGACCCCAAGGCAAUAAGACCACGUGUGAGGUCGGCGAAGUCCUGGCUGACACUGUGCAGCACAUGUACCAGUGGGUGUAUGCAGCAAGCAUGGCGUCUGUGGUAGUGUUUGGCACCAUCAAAGGCUUCACCUUCACCAAGACUGCACUGAUGGCAUCCUCCUCGCUGCAUGACAAAGUGUUUGACAAGAUCUUAAAGAGCCCAAUGAGCUUCUUUGACACGACUCCUACUGGCAGAUUAAUGAACCGUUUUUCCAAAGAUAUGGACGAGCUAGAUGUGAGGCUUCCGUUUCAUGCUGAGAACUUUUUGCAACAGUUUUUUAUGGUGGUGUUUAUUCUUGUGAUAUUGGCUGCUGUGUUUCCUGCUCUUCUUUUGGUCCUGGCUGGCCUUGCUGUAGUCUUCUUCAUUCUUUUACGCAUUUUCCACCGAGGAGUCCAGGAGCUCAAGCAGGUGGAGAACAUCAGCCGCUCACCCUGGUUCUCUCACAUCACCUCCUCCAUGCAAGGCCUGGGUGUCAUCCAUGCCUACAACAGGAAGGAGGACUGCAUUCACAAGUUUAAGAUGCUCAAUGAUGAAAACUCCAGCCACCUCCUGUACUUCAACUGCGCUCUCAGAUGGUUUGCUCUAAGAAUGGACGUGCUCAUGAACAUUGUCACCUUCAUAGUGGCCUUGUUGGUGACCCUGAGUUUCUCCUCAAUCAGUGCUUCAUCCAAAGGCUUGUCAUUGUCUUACAUCAUCCAGCUCAGUGGACUGCUGCAAGUGUGCGUGCGAACAGGAACAGAGACUCAAGCCAAGUUCACUUCUGUGGAGCAGUUAAGGGAGUAUAUUUCGACCUGUGUUCCUGAGCAGACUCAUCCCCUCAAGGUGGGGACCUGUCCUGAGGACUGGCCGAGCCGUGGGGAGAUCACUUUCAAAGACUAUCGGAUGCGAUACAGAGAUAACACCCCCCUUGUUCUUGAUGGGCUGAACCUGAACAUCCAGAGUGGGCAGACUGUAGGGAUUGUUGGAAGAACAGGUUCCGGGAAAUCAUCCCUGGGAAUUGCCUUGUUCCGCCUGGUGGAGCCAGCCAGUGGCACCAUCUUUAUUGACGAGGUGGACAUCUGCACUGUGGGCUUGGAGGACCUCCGAAGCAAGCUGACUAUGAUCCCCCAGGAUCCUGUCCUGUUUGUAGGUACAGUAAGAUUCAACUUGGAUCCCUUUGGGAGCCACACUGAUGAGACGCUCUGGCAAGUUCUGGAAAGAACAUUCAUGAGAGACACGAUAAUGAAACUCCCGGAAAAAUUACAGGCAGAAGUCACAGAAAAUGGGGAAAACUUCUCAGUAGGGGAACGCCAGCUGCUUUGUAUGGCCCGAGCACUUCUCCGUAAUUCAAAAAUUAUUCUCCUUGAUGAAGCCACCGCCUCCAUGGACUCCAAGACGGACACCCUUGUUCAGAGCACCAUCAAAGAUGCCUUCAAAGGCUGCACGGUGUUAACCAUCGCCCACCGCCUAAACACUGUUCUCAACUGUGACAUUGUCCUUGUCAUGGAAAAUGGGAAGGUGAUCGAGUUUGAUAAGCCCGAAGUCCUUGCUGAGAACCCCGAUUCUGCAUUUGCAAUGUUGCUAGCAGCAGAAGUCAGGUUGUGAGGUUCCCAGCAGCAAACUGGAAGGCA